UAUAGUUAUCAUAUUGUAAAAAGAAUUCCGUUUUAUGACUCGAAAGUAUGUUGUUAACGUUUUUUGGUGUUGGUCAAAUUUGAAUAGCUGCAUUCAUUUAAAUGUUUCAUCAUCAGCAUAAAAUUGUAUCAAGAUUUGUCAUGAUUCCGUUGAAAGUGAACUCAUUUCAAGAAGUUUUUUACUUGAAGUUAUAAUAUAGCUGAAUGAAUUAGAAGUGCAAAUUUUGGAGCUGUAACAAGGUUUCAAGAUGAGGAGUCAUAGGUAGCUACUAAUUUCAAAUUAGUCACUGGCCAUCCAAUGGGUAAGUGCCUUUCCUGCUGUCCAGCUACUCAGUCAGUUGUUACACAGACCUGUGAUGAAAAGUUUACUGACAUCACUAGAAGUUCUGAAGUCACAGAGCAACAACCGGGAAUGAGCGGCGGGAACGUUCGCCGAUGUGAGAAUGGCCGCUUGGAGCCACAUGCCAUGACGAACAGCACCACUGAAUCAAACUCGAACUGCAAGAACCUCAGCUUGACUGAAAAGCUCAUUUUUCCUAUACUAAGUACAACUUGCAUAGAAAAUAAACGUUCUAGUCACUCGAACCGUGAAUGUUCGGAAAGCAAAAUCCUCGCUCUUUUCGAACAGUAUAAAGAUCCCAACGAAAAUGCCGUCUUGGCGGAAGGUAUCGAACGUCUGUGUAGUGAUCUCAAUGUUCAGCCUGAAGAUUACCGUGUGCUGCUCUUGGCCUGGAAGUUUAAUGCAAAAGUGAUGUUCUGUUUUACGAAGGAAGAGUUUGUCAGCGGGUGCCGAAACCUGAGGGCUGAUAGCGUGCAAGAUAUCCAAGCCAGAUUUCCAGAAAUGAUGGCAGAAGUGCGCUGUCCAGAAAAAUUCAAAGACUUUUAUCGCUUUACUUUCAAGUUCGGUCUCGAUCCGGAUCAGAGAGUUCUGUUGUCCGAGAUGGCGAUUCAACUGUGGAAGAUUGUUUUCCACGAUAACGAACCACCGAUAUUGCAACGAUGGCUCAGAUUUCUUGAUAAACAUCCCAGCGUGAGGGGCAUAUCCAGGGAUACCUGGAACAUGUUCUUGAACUUUUCUGAAUCCGUCGGCGACGAUCUCAGCUCUUACGACGACACGGCCGCUUGGCCCAGCUUGUUCGAUGACUUUGUGGAGUACGAAAACGACCAAACGAAUCAGAAUGUUGUUCCGAGCAAAGAGAAGGGCAUUUUAGAUACUUAAAUAUGUAUUCACAUUUACAUAUUUGUACUUAAUUCUGCCUUAUAAUGGUAAAUAUUGUGAUAUAAUUGUGACGUGUUGUGAACCUCGUGAUAAUCUAUCCUUUAAGCUUAUCACUUUUACAAUUGCUGUUUUUAUUUAGUUUUAAAUGUUUCUUAUUUUCAUAGCUACUGCUAAUAUUUUUAAAAUGGAUUUAAAACUUUUUCGCAUGUAAUUUUGUGUCCAAACACACCUACUGCCAAGUCUCAGUGCCUUUGUUUUUAAAUUUCUUAAUUAUAUUGUUUGACCAUCAUAUUUUAAAAAUUCAUGAUGUAUUAUAUUCUAAGAGACUACCUCGUUCUCUGGUUAUUAUUUGUCAAAUUGUGAAUCCUUCCUGUCAUCAGUUUCAUUUUUUUCAUGACUCCAUCAUUAAAGUUACCAUAUCAA